GUUUAUAAUUGUGUGAUGGAGUGACGCUUUAAGUUCAGCAGGUUUUUCGACUCAGCCGUAACAGCAAGGGCAGCCAUAAUUUAGUGGGCAUUAGGAAAGGAACCAUGUCCUUUCUCCACAGACCGCGUAUCCUCCCGUGGAGAGUCCCUAGCAGCCUGGCCUUGGAAGGGCUGGUUCAGUUUAAUUCGUUGAAUCAUUCAACAAAUACUGUUGAGAGCCAGCUGUGUCCUAGGCACUCCGCAUAUAUGCUGAGGAUAAGAUGAUGGCUGAGUAUUAAAAGGGUUUGAUUUGGGCAGGGGAGAUCCUGAUCUAUCUGUAAUAUUAGGUAAGAAAUAGUAUGUAUCCAGCAGGCUUUGGUAUCCUGGCAACAUCCCAAUUCCUACCCAUCAAACUUCCGAUUGUAAAAUUGAUGGGAUAGGGGGACUUAAGAACGGAAUCAAUCCUUGUACCCUGUGAAUAGCCGGUUGGGGAGUGUAAAUUGUAAAUCCUCCAUAAACAUAAAAGAAAGGAAGGGUAAGGAGUAUUGGUGGAAACAAAUAUUGUUUAAACUGAUUUUUCUCUCAAAUGGGUAAUUCCCUCUUUGGCUUAUAGUUAAACAAACUAGAUUAUGUGCUCCAUAGGGAGACCUGAAUGUCCCCUUUAUCACCCCCUUCUCUAAAUCCUAUGAGACCAAAUGGGCAAUUAAAUAAAACUAUAUGUACAGCCUUCCUGUGUAAGUGUCAAGAACUUUAUGAGUGUCAGGAGUGAGAAGACUGGUUUGCAAGGCUGCACGACCCCAGAGUAGGGAGGGUUGGGAGUACAGCACUGGCAGGUCCCUAAUCCAGCUCUCAAUGGCAGGAGAUGGCCUCAAUCUUGAGAAGCCCUCAGGCUCUCCAGCUUACUCUAGCUCUGAUUAAACCGGAUGCAGUCGCUCACCCACUGAUUCUGGAGGCUGUUCAUCAGAAGAUUCUGAGCAACAAGUUCCUUAUUGUACGAAUGAGAGAACUACUGUGGAGAAAGGAAGACUGCCAGAAGUUUUACCAAGAACAUGAAGGGCGAUUUUUCUAUCAGCGGCUGGUGGAGUUCAUGGCCAGCGGGCCAAUCCGAGCCUACAUCCUUGCCCACAAGGAUGCUAUCCAGCUCUGGAGGACACUGAUGGGGCCCACCAGAGUGUUUCGAGCACGCCAUAUGGCCCCAGAUUCAAUUCGUGGGAGUUUUGGCCUCACCGAUACCCGCAACACCACCCAUGGCUCAGACUCUGUGGUUUCAGCCAGUAGAGAGAUUGCAGCCUUCUUCCCUGACUUCAGUGAGCAGCGCUGGUAUGAGGAGGAGGAGCCCCAGUUGCGCAGUGGCCCUGUGUGCUACAGUCCAAAGGGAGGUAUCCACUGUGCAGCCAGAACAGAAGGCGCAGGACCAGCCUGA